UGCUGAGGGUGCUGGCCACCGACGCAGACGACGCUGUGAACUCCAGCAAUGGCAUUGUGAGCUAUUCCAUCCUGAGCCAGGAGCCAGAGAAGCCCCAGCCUGGGAUGUUCACCAUCAACAGCAGCUCUGGGCUGGUCUCCGUGGCCAUGGCGGGGCUGGUGGCAGAGGUGAGCCCCAGACUCAGCCCCCACCAAGCUCAUCCCCCACUCGUGUGUCACACAGCCUCUUGCCACAGGUGGUCCCUGAAUACACCCUGGAGAUCCAGGCUGCUGACUUGGGGGGACACGGGCUGUGAGCCACUGCCACAGCCCGCGUCAGGGUGCAGGUGAGAGGCUGAGCCCCCCGGUGCCCCUGCGGUGCAGAGGGCAGGGCCAGGCUGUGGUGAGGCUGGUGCUGGCUCCUGACAGCCCCACGUGUCCGGCCGCAGCAGCACCUACGUGCUCCAGCUGCUUUCCAUGGUGGGAGGAGAGACUGGGAUGGCAGCUGUGCUGUGGCUCCUCCCGGCCUGGUGCCCCACUUCCCACCAGGCUCUGGGCCACUAGCCCCAGGGCCACGGCGCUGCCGGAGCGUGGGUGCCAGCGGGGCUCCUGGGAAGCUGCCCGUGCCAGCUCAGCCCAGCCGGGGAGGAGCACCCAGCUCUGCGGGAGCCCCGUGCCAGGAUAGCGGCAUCCAGCCACACCAGCUCCACAGGGAGAGGCUGUGGCGCCAGGAAAGGAGGCCAGGGAUGGCGUUUUGUGUGGGGUCACCAGCCACAGGUCCCUGGCCGAUGAGUGGGACACAGGAGAGCCAGGCUGAUGGGAUGUCUGAGGUGGGAAAGGGCACCCUGACCACCCACGUGCUGAACACGGCCACGGGGCUGCCGGCAGCCGGCCUUGCUGUCCGCCUGGCCCAGCUGCAGGAGCCAGGACUGCAGUGGAUGGAGCUGGCACAGAGGCACACGGAUGCGGAUGGGCGCUGCCAGCCCCUCCUGGCACCGGGACAGGCCAAGGCUGGCACCUACAAGCUGCACUUUGAGACAGCUGAGUACUGGCAGGGACUGGGGCACACCAGCUUCUACCCCUUCGUGGAGGUUGUCUUCAUCAUCACUGACCCGGCACAGAAGCUCCACGUCCCACUGCUGAUCAGCCCCUACUCCUACACAACGUACCGGGGCAGUUAGAGGGGCACAGCCUUCCCCUGGGAAUGCAGGAAUGACACCAUCGAGGCCAUUAAAAACUCCAAACAGCA